AUGUUACAAAUUAAUGAUGAACCAACAUUGAAUGAUGUUGGAAAUAAACAUACAGAUCGUUUAAACAGAUUAAAAGAACUUCAUUUUCGACGUAAUGAAGCAAGAAAAUUAAAUCAUCUAGAAGUUAUUGAAGAAGAUCAUCGAAAAGAUUUACCAACAAAUUAUGAAAAACGUUGUGAACGUGUACAAAAACAAGAUGAACAAACAAAAAAGAAGAAAGAUGCUGCAAAUGCGGGUCUCGAUUUUGAUCGUGUAGAAAUGUUAGAAUGGACAGCGGAAGAAGUUGACAGAUGGGAGAAAAAAAAACGAAAAAGAAAUCCGGAUGUUGGCUUUGAUAAUUAUGAACAAUGUACAGCUCGUGCACAUGGUAAAUUGACUAGCCAAUUGAAACCAGAUUUUGAAGCGUUGAAAAAACAAAAAGAAGAAUUAGGAGAAGAUUAUUAUGCCACAACGAGUACAUUAAUUCAUGGUACACAUAAACCAUCAGAAUCUGCUAUUAAUAGAAUGACAGAAGAUCUUGAAAAACAAGUUCUAAAAAGAUCUAAAUAUAGUCGACGUCGUACGCAUAAUCCUGAUCUUGAUAUUGAUUAUAUCAAUGAGAGAAAUCGGGCAUUUAAUAAGAAAAUCGAACGUUACUAUGGAAAAUAUACAACGGAAAUCAAACAAAAUUUGGAACGUGGUACUGCUGUUUGA